CUGCUCGUUCCUAACGCUCGAUCCGAACGAUGACAUCCACAUUUCUCAACGAAGGAAGUCUGCUCUGCCCGGGUGAAUGUCGUCCAAUCGUUUCACAUGGACAGCUUGGGCUGGGACCACAUUGGCUACAAUUUUCUGGUGGGCGGCGAUGGUCGUGUGUACGAGGGGCGUGGCUGGGAUUAUGUAGGCGCCCACACCAAGGGUUAUAAUAGAGACACCAUUGGGAUAUCCUUUAUUGGAACCUUCACGAUCAGGAAACCCAACGAACGGCAGUUAAAGGCGUGCCAACUGCUUUUGGAAGAGGGCGUUCGUCUUGAGAAGUUGACACCCAACUAUCGGCUUUAUGGCCAUCGACAAAUGAGCGCCACGGAGAGUCCCGGAAAUGAGCUCUACAAGAUCAUAAAGCAGUGGAAGCACUGGUCACAUGAAAUCUAAUAAGUCACGUAUUAU